AUGGGAAACCCGAGAUAAACAAUUGGCGGCCCCGACAACCGUUAGUCCUCGCGGGAAGGUUGCGAAGAAUACGGACUGCUUACCAAACUGGUGUCCCUGUUCUGAUCAUUUCCAGAGACACGCGUGAACCAUGGCAGAAAACGCAGAGACCGAGGAAUCGGGAAUAUCGAUGGUUGAGGUACUACAGGAAGAGGAAGAGAGGCAGUUGAAUGCGGCAGCUGUCUUGGGAGCUGCUGACGACACCCGCUGCACAUACGACCAGGGGUACAUGAAGAGACAGGCUUUGUAUGCAUGUAUGACCUGCUGCCCUGCUGAUGGAGAACAGCAGGCGGGUGUGUGUUUGGCAUGCAGCUACCAUUGCCAUGAGGACCAUGAUCUUGUGGAGCUGUACACCAAGAGGAACUUUCGUUGUGAUUGCGGCAAUUCAAAGUUUCCUCACAAUCCAUGCAAGCUACUGAAGGAGAAACUGGCUGAGAAUUCAGAGAACAGGUACAACCAUAAUUUCCGAGGGGUUUACUGCACCUGUAACAGACCUUAUCCUGAUCCUGAGGAUCCAAAUGAAGAUGAGAUGAUCCAGUGCUGUCUCUGCGAAGAUUGGUACCAUGGAAAGCACCAAGGUGGCAGUGCUCCUGCAGCUGAAAUGUUUAGUGAUAUGAUCUGUACCCAGUGCCUCCCCAAACAUGAGUUCCUUGCUUAUUUUGUGGGUCUAGCAGUGACUGCUAUAGUAGAAGAAGAGGCAAAGACUAAAAUUGACAAUGAAAAUUCUCCCAGUAAGAAUACUCAGAUGUCUUCUCAUGUGGCUUUUCCACCAUCUCCUGCUGAAAGUUACAUGCUGGAGGAAGGCGCAAGUUACCCAACAGAUGGUGUUAUGUUUAUCACGGGCAGCCCACGGUCCGGAGCAGACAGUUCUAGCGUCUCAGGGACUCCACUGCUCACUGCCUUCUCAUCAGGUUCCUCUAAAAAAUUGUGUGCACAUCAGGAAUGCAGCAGGGCUCUUCCUAAUGUCUCCUAUGAUCUUUGUACUGAAGAGUCAAGGAUUACAUUUGGCACAGAUGAAUCUUCCUCUAAGACAACACAGGAUGAAGUAAAGAAUGAAGAAAAAAAAGUUUGGCAUCAAAGUGAAAACAUUAAGGAAAUGGAAUCUAAGGAAGAUUCAAAGGAAACUGGUGCUGAGAAAUCUCAAAAAUCAGAUUGUAAGCUGAUCAGCAUGACAAAACAUACCUUACCCAAGGGAGCUCUUUUUUUUCCAAACUCAUGGAGACAACAGCUCUGUGUUUGUGAAAAUUGCAAGGCAACCUAUAAGGAUGAAGGUAUUGUCUUUCUCCUUGAUGAUGAAGAUACUGUCAAUUUCUAUGAAGAAAGUGGCAAGUCUCAUCAGCCAAGUAGCAGUGCACCUGUACAGAGAGAGCUGGAAGCCCUCUCCUCUCUUGACCGUGUUGUGCGGACAGAGAUGGUUCAUGAGUACAACAAUCUGAGUUCAUCACUCCGUGAAUACCUUCGUAAGUUUGCUGAGAGCAAAAAGGUGGUGCGAGAUGAAGACAUACGAGAGUUCUUCUCUCAGCUUGCAGCCAACAAAAAACAAAAACCAAAUUCAGGGGUGCAGCUGUUUUGCAGAUGAAUUUUCUCAAGGAUAUGAUGGACUUGAUUAAAAUCAAGAAUAUUUAUGAUGAAGUUGAAACAACCUCAAUCAAGUAUGUAUUUGUUGUAUGUGCUGUGAAAAUUCAAAAUCAAAUGUUAAUUUUGCUAAAUCCAUAGUAGAUUUACUAAUUGCUGUAAGAUUCCUAAUGAAGUUGGAUUUACAAUUAAGUGUGUACAAUAUUAAGAAAUGCAAGGUUAAUCUGUAAUAAAUGUAUGAGGCAAA